UCCAGGCUGAUCAACUCUUCAAUAUAAAUGGAGGAGUGAGGUUCAUGAUGAUGUAAUCGUCAGCCAGACCACGAGAAAAGCUCUCUUUUGUUCCGCUCCUGCAAUGGUGUGAAAGAGACCGCCCUUCCCCCUCCCCAUACACACACACACACACACAUACACACAUGAAUACACACACACAUACACACAUACAGACAUGAACACACAUACACACAAACAGAGGCACAAGAAAGAUAGUGGGGGUUUAGGUUUUUAGUCCUUCAGGGCCAGAGAGAGGCUUCUCUCGCUCUGUCUAUCUGUCUCUCUCUCGCUCUGUCUCUCUGUCUCCGUCUCUGUCUCUAUCUCUCUGUCGCUCUCGCUCUCGCUCUCUCUCUCUCUCGCCUGGGCUGUGCUGCUAAGCUCCAUCAGGAUGACAUCAUACUCAGCCUACACAAUGGGUCUGUUCAUCUCCUGAGGGCUGCGUCGCGCAACUGGACCGCUAGCCACCCACCCGCCUAAGGGGAAGAGGAGGAGGGGCUGUGAGAAAGGGAUAAAGAAGGGGUCGUCAUGUCGGAACGUCCCGUGGGAGUGGGAGCCUGCACUGGAGCUGAGACUGGGGGGUUUGGGAUUGGACCUGGGGUGGGGAAUGGACCCCAAGCUGGUACUGGAGGGACUGGGAUUGGACCUGGGGUGGGGAAUGGACCCCGAGCUGGUACUGGAGGGACUGGGAUUGGACCUGGGGUGGGGAAUGGACCCCGAGCUGGUACUGGAGGGACUGGGAUUGGACCUGGGGUGGGGAAUGGACCCCGAGCUGGGACUGGAGUCAAAGGUUCAGGGCCUGUAUCAGGCCCGGCAUCCGGGACCAGGCAGGGCUCGGUGCGUCCCAUCGGGGCUGAGGGGCUGGUCGCCCUGCUGGAGGGGGGUCUGGACAGCGUGUUGUUGAUUGACAGCCGGCCCUUCGUAGAAUAUAACUCCUCCCACAUCCUGGAGGCGGUCAAUGUGAACUGUUCAAAACUGAUGAAGAGACGGCUGCAACAGGACAAGGUCCAGAUCAACGAACUGCUGCAACACUCCGCUAAGAAGAAGUUGGAGCGAGUGGGCGGUCAGGAGGUGGUGGUGUAUGACCAGAGUUCAUCUGACCCCUUGACUCUUCCCUCAGAGGCCUUCCUUACCGUCCUAUUGGACAAGCUGGAGAGGAGCUUCCCUUCCGUACACCUGCUCUCAGGUGGUUUCUCAGCCUUUUCCCAGCUGUUUCCAGGUCUAUGUGAAGGUAAGGCUCUUCUGGCCACGUCCUGCCUGGUCCCCACCUGCCUCUCUCAGCCCUGCCUGCCCCUCAACACCUCUGGGCCAACACGCAUCCUGCCUCACCUCUACCUGGGCUGUCAGAGAGACGUACUCAACAAGGAAGUGAUGCAGCAGAAUGAGAUUGCGUACGUCCUGAAUGCCAGUAACACAUGUCCCAAACCAGACUACAUCCCUGAGUCUCACUUCCUACGAGUUCCUGUCAACGACAGCUUCUGCGAGAAGAUCCUCCCCUGGUUGGACAGAUCUGUAGAGUUCAUAGAGAAGGCCAAAGCCUCCAACGCCUGUGUGCUGGUCCACUGUCUGGCUGGCAUCUCCCGCUCGGCAACCAUCGCUAUCGCUUACAUCAUGACGAGGAUGGACAUGUCACUAGACGAAGCUUACAGGUUCGUGAAGGAGAAGAGACCCACCAUCUCUCCUAACUUCAACUUCCUGGGUCAGCUGCUGGACUUUGAGAAGAAGAUCAAGACUCCUGGAAGGUCGGAGAUCAGAGAAACCACCGGGGUCAAACCCUCUCCUCUCCUCCACCCCACUAGAGCAGGACCCCCUAACCCUACCCCCAGCCUCCCAGACCCUGCCUUGGCCUUGCUGGAGCCCCUGACCCUGCCGUGUGUCCUGGCCCCCUGGCCUCCAGAGGAGAGGCUCCUGGCCCAGGCUCUCCAGGGGCUCCAAGACCUUCAGCUGGACCAGGGGACGGAGGACAGCGCUGCCCGUCUGAAAAGGUCCUUCUCUCUGGACAUCAAGUCGUACAGGGAGCCAGGAGGCUGCAGCAGCGCCCCCAUGAGGCCGUACCCCCACCCUACAUCCCACCCCGGAGCCCAGGAGUAUUAUAACCCAUCCGUGAGCUUCAAGGAGCCUGCAGGGAAACCGUAUCAGUUCUCUCCUGUGAAGGAGAUGUCAGAGCAGUCUACACCGGAGCCGAGCCCUGACAAGGAGCAGGACGACGGUCCCGCAGCUUCCACUGCUUCUCCUGUAGUCUCCACCACAACCAGCACCACUACCACCUCCAACCAGCCCAGCAUGAAGCAGCCCAGCCAGGCUAAGCCUCCUCCACCUCCCCUCUCCUGUUCCCAGCAGCUCCACCGUAGUGGCAGUAUGGAGGAGAGCUCUAACCACACCCCUCACACCACCGGCUUCCUGUUCGGCCUAUCGCGUUCCCAGCAGCACCUGUCCAAGCCCGCCCCUAACCUAGGCUCCGCCCUGAAGGGCUGGCACUCUGACAUCCUAUUGGGUCCCGUCACCGUGUCGUCGGGGGGAUGGUACCUCUCCGAGUCACACCACUUCUACUCCACCUCCGCCAUCUUAGGAGGCGGGGCUAACAUUCUGGGGGGUGGCAGCGUGGCGGCGUACAGCGUGAGUCAGGGGUUGGAGGAGGUGCGGCGGCGCGGGCGGCAGAGGAGCGGCGACCACGGGGACUCGCGGAGGAGCUGGCACGAGGAGAGCACCUUGGAGAAGCAGCUGAAGAGACGGAGCUGUCAGAUGGAACUCGGAGACAGGAUGAGAGGAGGAGGCGAGACUAGAUCCAGGGAGGAGAUGGGGAGUCACAGCAGCUUCUCAGGAAGCAUGGAGGUCAUAGAGGUGUCCUGAGAGGGACAUUCAAUAUGGCCUCCAGGCCACCCCUUUACGGGAUCAUUGAUUUGAAUGGAGACGUCCGUUCUAGGGAGUAUAAACCUCCUCAGAUCAGACCCAUGUUGAGGGGAAAGACUUGUUAUGGACCCAUCUUAUUGUCCCACUAGGGACUUGAACCUUGAACUGAUCUAAGUGGUUCUAUGUGUACUUGUGUCGCGACAGUUGGCAUUAAUGUAGUUGAACUUUGACCUGGAAGCAGAAAGCAGCUGAUGAAUGUGAUGAAGAGGUGAACUCUGAGAGGACUGAGACAAACUGAGUCUUUUGUUUGGAUGAGUGUUCAUCGUUUUCAUUUAUUUCUGAAUGUUGAUGAUCGUCGUCAAGGAGCAGUAGAUGUGUGCCUGACGUUGGAUUCAUGGAGCUUUUAUGAAGCCUUAUAAAGUCUUUAUGAAGUCUUUAUGAAGCCUUAUGAAGUCUUUAUCAAGCCUUAUGAAGCCUUAUGAAGUCUUUAUGAAGCCUUAAGAAGUCUUUAUGAAGCCUUAUGAAGUCUUUAUGAAGUCUUUAUGAAGCCUUAUGAAGCCUUAAGAAGUCUUUAUGAAGCCUUAAGAAGUCUUUAUGAAGCCUUAUAUAGUCUUUAUGAAGCCUUAUGAAGUCUUUAUGAAGCCUUAAGAAGUCUUUAUGAAGCCUUAAGAAGUCUUUAUGAAGCCUUAAGAAGUCUUUAUGAAGCCUUAAGAAGUCUUUAUGAAGCCUUAUGAAGUCUUUAUGAAGCCAUAUGAAGUUUUUAUGAAGCGUUAUGAAGAACGGGAUCAGAGAUCCUUGAUAGCCCUGUGUCAAAUCAUCCAAUACCUCACACAUCCAAAUUAGAGGCUUUUCCUGUUCCUCUGUCUUCUUCUGAUGGACAAUUCAAAUCUCAGGUCUUAUUUGAGCAGCAAGAAAAGAUGCUGGAACAACCGAACAGCUACCGAACAGCUACCGAACAGCUACCGAACAGUUCCCGAACAGUUCCCGAACAGUUCCCGAACAGCUCCCGAACAGCUCCCGAACAGUUCACGAACAGUUCCCGAACAGCUCCGUUGGUAGAGCAUGGCGCUUGUACCCCAGGGUUGUAGGUUCGAUUCCCGGGGCCGCCCAGACGUAAAAUGUACGCACGCAUGACUGUAAAUCACUUUGGAUUAAAGCGCUAAAUAUGAUAUAUUA